GAGCAAAAAAGUGCAAAAAACGACAUCACUGCGACGACGACCAUCAGCGAAAGAUCCUUCACUUUUUCCCAUCGCAGUCCAUCAUGGCGGCUUUCGUAGGAAGAAUUUGUGGGUCCGGCUUGUUAUACACGAGAAAUGGAAUUACCUUGCAAAAGGUACAACAAUUUUCAACAAGCCGUUCCUGGACGAAAAAUCAAAAGUUUGCAACCGCCGCUGGACUUGUGGUCGGUGGAGCCGGAGCUUUGCUUUACGCUUUGGAGCAAUCGGUGGCCGCAUCAGGAACAGAAGUGCACCCACCGGAACUGCCCUGGAAUCAUAAGGGUGUGUUUGAAUCGUUAGAUCAUGCCUCGGUGCGACGUGGAUACGAGGUAUACAAGCAGGUGUGUGCCGCUUGUCACUCGAUGCGGUUCAUUGCCUACCGUAAUUUGGUAGGCGUAUCGCAUACCGAAGCCGAAGCCAAGGCGGAGGCAGCUGAGAUUCAGGUUCAGGACGGCCCGGAUGAGGCUGGUAAUUACUUCAUGCGGCCGGGCAAGUUGUCCGAUUACUUCCCGAGUCCGUACCCAAACGAAGAAGCGGCUCGAGCUGCCAACAACGGUGCUUAUCCGCCAGAUCUCAGCUACAUUGCUCUGGCUCGUCACGGAGGAGAGGACUACUUGUUCGCUCUGUUGACCGGGUAUUGUGAUGCACCGGCCGGAGUUCCGCUGCGAGAGGGACAAUAUUUUAAUCCCUAUUUCCCAGGAGGUGCCAUUUCUAUGGCUCAGGCGCUCUAUAAUGAGUCUGCGGAAUACAGUGACGGAACGCCAGCAUCUGCUAGUCAACUAGCAAAAGAUGUGUCAACGUUCCUGGUAUGGUCCGCCGAUCCGCAUCUAGAUGAACGCAAGCGUAUGGGCAUCAAGUCGCUAGGUAUUAUUCUAGUUCUCGGAACGCUAGUGUACUACCUUAAACGGCAUAAGUGGGCUGCACUCAAGACGAGGAAAAUUUCGUUCUAUCCAAAGCAUAAGUAAAAGAAGAGCGGAUGAAAGUAACUGAAGAAGUCAUCUACCCAAGACAAGGGGUUUACUUUCAGUCACAGGAAGAAAUCGCAUUCGGUUUUAUCAACAACAAACAAUUACUACAGAUAACUGCGUAACAUCUAUAAAGCAUUCAGUAAUAAUAUCAACACACCGCAAACUGCUGCUAGUUAUAAUAAUUGUACAAUUGAGAAUACAACAAUAGUAAAAAAGAACUAACAUCCCGAUUGAAUGGUGCUGGAAAUCAAAUCUACCAUACCGCGGCAAAGGAACAAUGAAACGCAAAUAAAGCAGUGUUAGUACGAAUUUAGUUUAAUUUGUUUUUAACUUGUUUCUUCCCAAAUAAUAGUAUAGUAACGACAUGCGCUAUAAUGUUAAAAAGAAAUGUUAUCGGCAUAAAGACCAUGACGGUACGCUUCGAAAAAGAAAUAUUGGUAUUAAGUAAUUAAUCGGCGACGUCUACAUACAAUUAUAGGAUAAAUUUGAUUGUCAAAUCAAUAAAAACCGGCGGAAUUCAAA